AUGCUUCGCCUUCCUCGAAUUCUCCCAUGUCGUCUCUUUUCGACUUCAACAGCGAGCCUUGCUGGCCAUAACAAAUGGUCGAAGAUCAAACAGAAGAAAGGUGCAAACGAUGCAUCGAAAAGCGCUACGAUCAGCCGUGCUCAACGCGAAUUAAUAUACAAGGACAUCUUGGUUGCCGUCAGAACUGGUGGAUCAGCUGACCCAGAAAAGAAUCUCACUCUAGCUGUCACUCUACGACGACUGAAGGAAUUAGAUGUUCCGAAAGAUAAUAUCGAGAGGACCUUGGCAAGGGCGUCGAGAGGCAAGGAUAAGGGUGGUGAGGCCAUCACCUAUGAAGCUUUGGCUUUUGGCUCUGUGGGCGUUAUCAUUGAAUGUCUCAGCGACAAUACGACAAGAACGGUGCAAGUAAUACGGGAGAUCUUGCAUGCGAACAGGGUCGGUCCUGUACCUUCUCCCGGCCUUAUAUUAUGCUCAUUUUCCUCCGCCAGCUCACGUAUAGCUCCGGUCGGCUUUAUGUUCCAACGCAGAGGCAUUGUCAGGGUGGCUAUAGAUCGCGGACCGGCAUCACAGGACGCCGUCGAAAAGCUAGUCGAGCUUGCUUUGGAUGAAGGCGCGUUGGACUUUGAAGAAUCAGCCGGGGAAGAUGAUAGCACUAUUGAAUUAAUGUUCACUUGUGAUCCCGUAGCGUUAUCCCGACUGACGGGCGCAGUUACGUCGUCCGGUAAAUGCCGCGAACUGCUGGCGAGCGAGCUAGUAUACAGUCCCUUGGAGAGAAUCGACCCUUCAGAUGAGAUUGCAUCUGGUCUGGAACAGCUGAUAACAGCGCUAGAGGGUAAUGAAGACACGCUACGGGUUUGGACCACAGUCGACAGUUGA